UGUCGUAAAACACUCAACAGCCCAUCCAUGCAAUGGAUUCAGUUCAGGGGAAAAAAUAAGAAAAGAAAUGAAGAAAGACCUGCUAGCUAAAAAGAACACAAUCAUAUCGAGUUCCUGUCUUCGUGUCCCAGUUUCUGUCUUCAAUGGAAGAUCAAAGAAAACCUGAAAAAAACAAGACAUCAACAACCUCAAAUCUCUUAUGGUUCUUUGGCGUAUCAACAUGUGUAAAACUCCUAUUAAUGCCAUCAUACCAUAGCACGGAUUUUGAGGUCCAUAGAAACUGGCUAGCUAUAACACAUUCACUCCCUCUCGAUCAAUGGUACAUUGACAAAACCAGUCCUUGGACUCUUGAUUACCCACCUUUCUUUGCUUAUUUUGAAUACAUCAUCUCCUUUUUUGCUCACUUAGUUGACCCAAAAAUUGUAGACCUUGAAAAGGGACUCGAUUAUAAGGCAGAGAGUGUGGUUUUAUUUCAGAGAUUGAGUGUGAUUGUGUGUGAUUUAGUUCUUUUAUAUGGGGUUUAUAGAUUGAGCAAGAAUUUUUCUAUGGGGUUUAAAGAGAGAGUUUUGAUGUGGGUUUUGGUUGUUUGGUCACCUGGGCUAGUGAUUGUAGAUCACAUGCAUUUUCAGUAUAAUGGGUUCCUGCUAGGGUUGUUGAUGAUGUCGAUUUCGUAUUUGAUGGAGGGGAGGGAUUUGAUGGGUGGGUUCAUUUUUGCUGUUUUGUUGUGUUUUAAGCAUUUGUUUGCUGUGGCCGCUCCUGUUUAUUUUGUUUAUUUGUUGAGGCAUUAUUGUUGGAAAGGAUUUGUUAAGGGUUUCUGGAGGAUUUCGGUUUUGGGAGCUGUUGUUGUUGCUGUUUUUGCUGCUGCUUAUGGUCCCUUUGUUUAUCUCGGGCAGAUGCAACAAGUCAUCAGCCGCAUGUUUCCUUUUGGAAGGGGACUUUGCCAUGCAUACUGGGCCCCAAACUUUUGGGUGUUUUACAUCAUAUUAGAUAAAGGGCUUGCUUUCCUACUCAAAAAACUUGGGCUGAACAUCCCGGUACCGGCAGCCUCUUUCACUGGUGGGCUAGUAGGGGAUUCAUCACCAUUUGCUAUACUGCCUCAGGUCACCCCCUUGACUACAUUCAUUAUGGUCCUGCUUGCCUUAUCUCCAUGUCUUAUCAAGGUCUGGAAGAAUCCUCAGCCACGAUCAGUCGCUAGAUGGAUAGCUUAUGCUUAUAUGUGUGGCUUUUUGUUUGGGUGGCAUGUUCAUGAAAAAGCAUCACUCCACUUUGUCAUCCCUUUGGCAAUUGUCGCAGGAAACAGUUUGGAGGAUGCAAGGCAUUAUUUCUUGCUUUCUAUAGUGUCUUGCUACUCGUUGUUUCCCCUUCUAUAUGAAGCCCAAGAGUAUCCAAUCAAAGUGCUGUUGCUGCUGUUACAUUCAGUUCUGAUGUGGCAGAACUUUUCUGCACUAUUCACCAAGGAUGCAACAGCCAGAGCAGUAGUUUCAGCAAAGAAAACAGACAGACAGGUGGGUUUGAAGGGAAGUUCCAGUGAUGCUGUCGAAAAAGGAGGAUUCCAUAUCGGAUGGAUUGGAAGGUGUUACCUGUUUGGUCUGCUGGUUGUUGAGAUUUGGGGUCAGUUUCUGCACCCUUACCUUCUCGGAGAUGAGCUUCCUUUUGUACCACUUCUAUUAAUUUCUAUAUACUGUGCACUGGAAAUUAUGUACUCAUGGAUAUGGCAGCUAAGACAGAUUAUGGCGUCCACCUGACUCAUGAUCCCUCAAGUAGACAGCAAGUUUUGUGACUUAACACUUCAGUGUUUCUAUUAGAAAACUUGCAUCGUGUUGGAAUGUAUACUAACUUUGACUAGCGUAGAGUCUCUCAAGGUUACCCUGUUUCUCGUUGACUCGGAGCCUGUGUCGGUAUUUGUACAAUGUGGUUUGAAAAAUUUUAGGCACGGUUCAAUAUUUUUUAAAUAUUUUUUUUAAUUUAAAUUAAUAUUUUUUAA